AAGGGCAGGGCUAGGCUAAAGUAAUAACCACACCUACAACAAGAUGUCUCUCGAUUCUGUCCCUAAAGAUCUUCGUGGUUUAAGAGCUUGCAAGCUGUGCUCUAUGGUUAAGUCGUUUGAUCAGUUUCUUUACAAUGGUUGUGACAAUUGCGAGAGAUACAUUCACUUGAAAGGGAACAGGGGUCGAGUUAAUGACUGUACAAGUCCAAACUUUGAUGGACUAAUAUCAAUGAUGAGUAAUGAAGACAGUUGGGUAGCAAAAUGGCAGAGAAUAAAUAAGUUCACUAAAGGAUGCUAUGCAGUAUCAGUGUCAGGAGAACUGCCUGAAGAUAUACUGGAC